CCCCAUUCUCUUCUCCUCUUUGCUCUUCCAAAUCCGAUUACAAUCCUCUCCACCAUUACCCCACUCUCUGAACUGAUACACAAACCCUAGAAAGCAAUCUUAAAAGCAUUCAAUCCUCCCUCCAUUUCUGCUCCCUUUUCCCUUCCAUCACUUUACCAUGAACCCUUACUCCUUCACCGUCGAUUCCCUCUCCAAAUCCCAGGACCUCGCCGCCGCCAUCCUCGCCUCCUCCACUCCCUCCCAGAUUUCCGCCGCCUGCUCCUCCCUCGACGCCUUCCUCCGCUCCCACUCCCCCGACCAGUCCCGCCACUUCUUCUCCCUCGCCUUCCCCGCCCUCAUCUGCAAGCUCUACGGCUUCGACGACGCCUCCCCCUCUCCUCCUCCUCCUCCGCCUUCUUCCUCCUCCGGCGGUGGCGGCUGGAUCGACGUCGUCUUCCACUCCAACGACGCCGAUCUCGCCGCUAGGGUCUUCGACCUCCUCUCCCCCGAUGGAGUGCUGUUCCAUUUGAUCUCCGCCGUCGAUCGUCAGUCCCUCGUCAAGUACGUUUUCCCUACCGAGCGGCUGCCGGAGUGGGCCCGGCUGGUUCUCUCAGCGGACAAGGAUUGUCAGGGGUUGAACGCGUUGUGUCCUGUUUUCCAAGGUAAAGUGAGGGAAGGAGGAUCGAGUAAGGGCUCUUCUUCUUCUUCGUCGUCGUAUCAAAUUCAGCUCAAUGUUUUCGAGUAUUUCGUGUAUUGGUUCGCUUACUACCCGAUUUGCAAAGCCAAUAGCGAGAAUUCGAGUGGUGCGAUGAUGUCGGCGACGAAGAGUAAGACGGUGUCGAAAUUGGAGAAUUGGGCUUCUUCGAUCCCCAGGCUGUCGCAUGCUAAGCGUGGGAAUGAGCAGAAAUUGGAGUGUAAUCUUUAUGUCAGGCUUUUGUAUGCUUAUUUGCGUGCCUUUGUGCCUGUUCAGGGUAUGGAUACUCACCAGCCUUAUCGUAGCUCGCUUUUGCAUUAUGGUUAUGGAGGAGAUGGUGGCUCUUCCAUGAUGAGAGCAGAGUUUUUUGUUGAUACUUUGGUGCACUAUUGGCUCGUUGAUAAUGAUUUCUCACCACUACCUGUUAAUCUUUGUAAGUCUGUGGGAUUAUCAUUUUCACUGAGGUCAGUACUGGGUGAGACUCCACCAUCGUCUAGUUUGGGUGAGGUAGUCAAGUUGUUGGUUAAGUACUUGAAUUGUAGUGCCCGUGUGGCCCAAGAAGUUGUUGGACGAGUUGAAAAUGCAAAUGGAGGAAGGUUUUCCCCAAGCUCCUUUGAUAUGAAAUCAGGAGAAUUGGUUGCUUCUGUAUAUAAGUCUUCAGAGUUGGUUGGGUCCUGGAACUUGUGCAUUCAAAGACCGCUAUAUCGAUUCAUUCUCAGAACUUUUCUUUUCUGUCCCAUGGGCACUUCGUUAAAGAAUGCAUCUCAGGUGUUCUCUGUUUGGGUUAUGUACAUGGAACCAUGGAAGAUUGCAAUGGAUGAUUUUCUGGAGCUCGAUACGAAUGUUGGUUCUUCUGGGAUAGAUAUGAAUAAGAAAGUUGGACAAAGCAGACAAUGUGGGUAUCAAUCUUCGUGGGAAGGCUAUGUCUUGUCCAAUUACUUGUACUACAGCUCAUUGAUUAUGCAUUUUAUUGGAUUCGCACAUAAGUUUCUUCACACUGAUCCUGUAGUGAUUGCGGAGAUGGUGUUAAAGGUUAUAACAGUAUUGACAUCAAACAAAGAGCUGAUAAAUCUGAUAAAGAAUGUGGAUAAAGUCUUUCAUACCAAACAAGCUGGAUCUGGGAAAGCCAUGCUCAGUAGUUUAUACAAAUAUGUACCCUUAAUCAGAGAUCAGUUGCAGGAUUGGGAGGAUGGUCUGUGUGAGAGUGAUGCUGAUGGAUCUUACUUGCAUGAGAACUGGAACAGAGAUCUGAGGCUCUUUAGUGAUGCAGAAGAUGGAGGACAACAAUUGUUACAGUUGUUUCUAUUACGCGCAGAGUCCGAAUUGCAAGCCAACUCUGGCGUUAAUUUUUCACAAAACCUGGAGCUUAUAGAGUCACUGAAGGAGCAAGUGAGCUGUUUAUUUGGUUGCUAUGCCAUGAGAUCAAUUUCUUUCACACCGGAGAAGAAACAACUGGCAGAGCAUACUCGAGAUGAUAUAUUCACCCCCAGAAAACUUGGAAAUCACACCUUUGCUGAUGUCAAGUACAAGGGUGACUGGAUGAAGCGUCCAGUAUCUGCAGAUGAGGUUGCAUGGCUUGCAAAUUGGUUUGUCUGCUUGUCGUGUUGGCUAAAUGAGACCCUUGGGUUGGAUCGAGCUGAAAAUGGCGAUGUGAGCUCGAAGUGGUCUUAUGUCGAGGUUUCUAGCUACUCAGCAAAUAUUGAUGGACCUACAGAAACCAUGAAGACUAUGUUGCAUGCUAUCUGCUCAUGGCUCUUAAUACUGGGUGCUACGGUUAUUGGGUUGAUGAGGAAGCAUGGUAUUCGGGUGAAUCUUAGGCCAUUAGCAUUGAAGAAAGUUAUUACAGUUCUGCUCCUGUCCGCUCUUUUUAGUGUUGUGAAGAAGGGUGUUAGAAUGUUUCUGCGAGCAUAGCCUUUAUCGAAGAAACAAGAUAGGGAGAAAUCAGGGGAGAAAGGAGAGUACAGAAGUAAUUAAAAAGUAAAAACUACCGAUGUAGGAAUAGAUGAAUGUUUGCUUAGUUUGUUCAAAGAGGGGGAAACAAAAGGGGAAUGUUUACACAGGAUCAGGAAAUAGUUUUAAAGAAAAGAAGUCAAUUUUUCUUCUAUGUUUUGAGGCAUGGCUGGCUUUCUGGGAGCUUUGCUGAUUCUCAUCCUGGAAGGGGACCAUGCUUAAGCAAUCUUACAGAUUCCAAAUGGUAUAGCUGAGAUUGGUUGAUCAGCUCAAUAGCAUCUUCUCCAGCAGGCUCCAGCUUGAAUAUUCCCUGGAUUUCGACGAGCUCGUUGCAAUAGAUGAUGCUCAAAAGCAACAAGUUAUAGAAAUUUGGAAGAUUUGUGAUCCUCCGUAACAAGUUGCAGUGGAACACAUUUAGCUUCUCCAAACUCCUUGGGAGCUCCGGAAGCCAUAUCAGGCUGUUACAUCCAGAUAAGUCCAGGCUCUCGAGAACCGAGAGAUCUGUGAAGGUCUCGGGAAGCUGACUAAUAGGGUUUUUUGCUGAGGUUCAGUGUUUUCAAACAGGGCAGGCAUUUGAGAUCUUUAGGAAUUGUAUUGUCAGAAAUGUUGCAGUUGCUGAGGCUUAAGCUCACCAAUGAAUAUGGCAAAACAGAAACUGAAAGAGAUGUUAGUUUCUUCUUAUGUGAUUGAUUCACUGCAACUCCAUCCAUGUGAAGUGACUUGAGGGAUUCCAUCUUCCAUGGCUUUAUUGGGAGAUCAAGAUUUGUGCAACCAGAUAAGACGAGUUCUUCGAGGGAUAGUAGUUCAAAGUUGUUUGGAAGUCUUCUAAGGCUCAUGCAAUUUUUCAGAUUUAGAACUGCAAGCUUUUUGAGAUGGACUAUGGAUUUGUUGAUCUCUAGCAGACGGAUGCAACCCUUGAGUACUACUUUUUCCAGGCUAGGUAGGCUGAGAAAGUCUGGAGUCCUUACGAGAUCAUGAGAGUGACUCAGGUUCAGGAUCUUCAAUUCUCGGAGAAACUGUCCUUUCCAGGCAAACUUGAGGCAGCUGUGACGCAUAUCGAGCACAACGAGCUUCUCCAAAUGCCAAGCUUGAGGUAUGGAUUUCAAGGGGAAUCCUCUCCACAACAACCAGAUCAAGCUUCUGGGGAGAUCCUUGUAUUCUUCUCCGUUGAGCUUAACAUGACCGAGCUUCAGCAAUCUCAGCCUGCUCAUCUUUGCAAGCGCUUUCGUCUGAAACUUCAUCAUCCCAUCUGGCAACUUUCUGGAUCCAUCAGCCUUUCUGCACCACCUGAAUAACCGGAGAAGGCAUUUCCUGGAAGAAUCUUCAUCAGGACUUCCAUGGCCGUGUUCUUCCAAGUUCAGGGAUAGUCCCCUGACUCUUUCAGUCCCCUGUUUUUUUCCCAGCCAGAGUUAGAAAAACCGCAGAGAGAGAAUGGAAGAACAACAGACUUCCCAAACUUACAGUGCUCUCUCUCAAAGCUUCAAUGGCAUCCUUCUGCCGCCACAACCUGCUGCGCUCUCCUGGAUUCUCGGAUUCGUCGAAAACAAUUGCUCUCCCCAUGUCCCGAACCAACUGAUGCAUCCUCACCCUACGAUCUUCAUCGACCGUCACAAGAAGCAGGCCACAUCGAGGAACACUCUCCUAUGGUGAUCAUUCUCCAGCGAAUCGUAGCUGAUCUUCAGAAUCUUCAGAACUUUCCUAGGUGGAAUCGUCUCCAUUUCUUCCAGCGCACUCUCCCACAGCUCUAUGCUCUUGUUGGCGAGUGAAGAGCCCAGAACUUCCAAAGCUAAAGGCAGACCCUGACAGUAGUUUGCGACCGAUUUUGAGUGCUUCACGUGGCUCCUCAAUGGGUGAUGCUGUUCGAACGCAUGCCAGCUGAAUAGUUCCAGCGAAUUGGUUUCGUCCAGCGGCUCAACUCGGAACUUGGUGGUCAUGUCACUUCGCCUGAAGUUAUACGAUUAUCAUAAUCGAUAAGUUACAUAAAUUGUAAAGUAGUAACAUUGGGAAAUCAUAAAAUGGAAUCGCUAAACCUGAACAGCGAUUCGUGUCUAGUCGUCACGAUGAUUUUGCUUCCUCUGCAGCAGCAGUCUCUAGCUCCAAGUAUGGCGUCCAAUUGGUCGACUUCAUCAACGUCGUCGAGAACUAGGAGAACCCUUUUGAAGCAGAUGGCAUCCCGGACAUGUAGAACUCCUUCAUGUUGACUAACCCGUUGUGUUGCUCUGAAGCUUCCUUAACAUUCGCUAAGAAGCUUGACCCAUCAAACUUGUCGAAGCUCAGGUUAUAACCUGCCUUUGCAAUGGUCGUUUUCCCGACCCCACCGAUCCCGUAGAUUACAGCCAGGACGCCAUUACUGGCGGAGCUGCACUCGUCACUCUGCAGCACCCAUGAGCUGAUGCGGUUUAUGUGAUGAUCGACGCCAACAAGAUUGGAAGGCACAUGAAGCGGCACCCGGGUAACUCUGCUUCUCACUUUCUCAACUAUAUCUUGGAUGAACCGUGCCUCGUACCUGCCAUGCAUUCUACUGAGUUAACGAAAUAUCGUGUUCAAAAAAAAAAAAAAAAAAAAAUUAGAACAUGGUAACUUGUUCACGCCAAGCUACCAACAUGCAUCAUGUAUGUAUCUUCUCACGCAACUCUCCAUUUUCUCAUUCAUUUCUCAUCGAAUAAGAGAAAAGUUUUCGAAAAGUGACUGCGUACCCAUUUUGCAAGACUAGUCCUGCAAUUUCUGAAACCUGAAGAAGUGCUUCCUUCCACACACCAACUAUCUCCAUUUCUGCAGAACCUUUGGCAAAGCAGCUUCCCAUUUGCUUGGCCAAAUCAGCAGGAUUGACGUCGUAGUAGACGGGAAGAACGACAUGGUGUGGAGCUGAUCGACGAUGCUCUUCCAUGAUCAUGGCCAGCUCGUCGAGGCACCAAAACGAGGAAGUGUAGUCCUUGGAGAAGACGAUGAUGGAGACUCUCGACUGUCGGAUGGCUUGUUUGGUUUCUUCGCCUAUGUUUUUGCCACGGUUGAUGUCGUUGUCGUCUUUGAAGGUGUGGAAGCCUUCCUGCUUCAGGGCUCUGUGGAGGUGGUCGGUGAAGUUCUUGCGGGUGUCUUUGCCUCUGAAGCUGAGGAAGACGUGGUAAGUGAAAGGUGGCAUGAUAUUGAGAGAGGUUUGAUGGGAUCGUUUUGGUUACAGUGGGGAGUGAUUGCAGAAGGAAUAUGAAAGUUGGGAAGAGGGCUGAAGUAUAUUUAUAGUAAAAUUAUGCGUUCAAAUCACUCUCGUCAGAAGGUUACAGAAUGUUGUCUUUGGAUCUCGCUAAGGUUAGGAUGAUAAUUCUGUUAUAGGCAUUUCUUUCACAUUGAGUAUGAGUUGAGUAGAGAUAGUAAGAUAUCUAUUACACCAUCAACAACUAUGAAAUAGCAUAUUUAUUUUAUAUGUGGUUCUUACCGUUAUCGUUAC